AAUAUUACCAAACAAAACCUUUAUGUUUUUCUAAGAAUCUUGCUAACGAACUGGUUUCCGUCCCACUUCUUUUCCAAUUCCAAUGCGAGCAUUGGAUGCGAGCAAGGCAUGCUAAAUUUUCUCUAGACCCAAAUCACCCCAAGCUAACAGCACAAGGAGGGCUCAGCCUCAGGAAAAUGGAGCAUCUCUUCUACCCGACGUCCUUCGACGAUUUUCAAGUCACUUUAAUAGGCUCUAAUUUCUCUAUUUAUCUGGAUAACGUAGCCUUGAAAUCCAAUGGAUAGAAGAAAGUUUGAGAAGCCAGAAGGAAUCCGGCCAGUGAAAGCUGCCAUCAGCCUGUACGGGGAAAGGAUCCAGGGAAGAAAGCCAGACAAGUACAAGACCACCCAGCUCCCACUCAAAGAGGAUUCGCAUUCGAUAACCGGAGAGCUCCACCGCGCAAAAAUGGAUAUUGGAAGACUGGAUGAGAGCAAGAAUUUCGCCGAAAAGGAGAAGGCCCGGGCGGAAUCCGAGCUGUAUAGGGCGAGGAGCAGAGCUAAAGAGUUGGCUCUCCAAAUCGAGGAGUCUGAUGCCAGAGCAAGGGCGUGGAAACUAGGGCUUCAGUCGCUGAGGAAGGCGGAGUUUGGUGAUGGUCGGUAUGCUGAAGUGAUGCGGGAGCUGGAUGCUGCGAAGAAGGAGCUGAGCAGGCUGAAGCUUGACGUGGCCUCUGCUUUAGAAGCAAAGGCUAAAGCUGAGAAGGAAACUGAAGCCUCUCGUUCCAAAGCUAGCUCUUAUUCCCGCUCGGUCGAAGAACUAAGAAGGGAGAUACGUGAAGCAAAUGAAGAGUAUGUUCUGGUGGAGCUUGCCCGGAUCGAAGCUGAAAGAGAGUUUCGAGAAAUAGAAGCUCGGAGAGUGGCUGAAGCUGCUCGGUUUGCGAAGAAGAUGGAAGCCGCUGAGAAGAAAAUUAAGGAUAUCCGCGAGGAGAUCGAUCAUGCUGAGGAGCUCGAAAUGAAGCUCGAAAUGACAAAUUCUGAUGUCAAUGUCUUGCAGAAUGAAAUGGAGUUGGUUCGAGCAAUGGAGAGGAAGCAUCAGAAGAAUGAUUUGUUCGAAGUCAUGGAUAAGACAAUGGAAGAAGAGCCAGAGAGUCGGUCUUUGCUACGAUCAGCUGAGGCUGAAUUGGAGGCGGCGAGGAAAGAAUUAGCUUCCAUUAAGGAGGAGGGAUUUCAGCUUAUGGCUUCCAUGGAUCUUGUAAGAGAGGAGAUGAUGCACACUGCUGAAGAAACCAAUAGACUAAAGAAACUAGAAAUGAAAGCAGAUUCUACUGUUCAGCAUCUUAAUUCCAAGCUUCUGAAAGCCAAGUCUAAGCUGGAGUCUGCCACACGAGCAGAUGAGAGGGCUAGAGCAAUAGUUUCCAAUCUCUCAGCUGCGCUGCAACAACUGCAAGCAGAGGUAGAGUCGGAGAAGAAAGAAAAGGAACAAGUUAGUGAAGAGACAAAAAGUAUCGAAAUGGAAAUUAAGAAGACAGACUUGGACAUUAGCUCAGCAGAGGAAAGAUUGCAAGCUGCUGUACAAGAGCUGGAAGCAGCUAAAGCAUCAGAAGCUGUCGCACUCAAGAAGUUGAGGAGAGCUACUGAAAGAACCAUUAAAGCAAGAGCUUCAUCGAUCCAACACAGCUCUACUAUAACUAUAUCCAAAUGUGAGUAUGACUAUUUGAAUCGGCGUGCAGCAGAUGCUCAUGUUGUUGCCGACAAGAAGGUGGUGGCAGCUCAGGCAUGGAUCGAAGCGCUGAAGGUUGGAGAGAAGGAGAUACUGAUGAAGACCGAGCUUGCUAGGAGGGAGACUGAAGAGCUCAAAGCUCUGGUGGAGAAGUCAUUGGUUGCUCAGGAGACUCUGGAAGAAGAACAAUAUAAUUGCAGACAGAAAGAGAACGAGGCAGAUAUUUCUAACUUGCAGCUUGUGGGAGCAACACCAAGGAAAUCCCUCAGAGGGAAUGGAAUACCAGCAGCAUCAAGAAGAGCUAAAGUGAGAAGGCUGUCAGCAUCAUCUGGAAUGCGAUAUACUCGCUCCCCAUCUUUUACUGUUAAGAAGAAGAGGAAGGUAAUGCCCAGUUUAGCCAAGUUUCUAAGAGGUCGGAAAACUGGAAAGCAAAAGUGAGCUGCAGACUGCAUGGUCUGCAUCUUGCUGAUACUCCUACGCCUGUUGCUGAUUUCUGAAAAAAUUUUAUGCAGCUACUUCCAAUGUUUUGUUUUAUCCCCCUCUUUAUUUUCCUUCUCAUCAGUCAACUUAUUUGUUUAAUACAUGGAUGACACAUAUAACCUAUACAAAAAAGGAAAAAUAAUAAUAUGCUUCUGUAAUCAUCUGUAA